AUGAGCAUAUUGUAUCUGGUUAUACUGUACUAUAUUAGUUCCUUUACACAGUCUCAAAAAAAUUCGAACAGUAACAUACUUAAAAAUCAUGAGUCCAUAAAACCAUCAAAGAGAAGGAUACGCACGCAUGAUAAGCACAAUUUAAGCAAUUUUAUAGAUUUUUCAUUUGUUUCAAAAAAUGAGGCAACUGAUAAAUCAGAACAACACACAGAAAAAGAAAAUAAAGAAGAUAAGGAAAAAAAACAUGACAAGGAAAAACAUAGUGAUGACGAUAAAAACGACGGUAAGGAAAAACAUAACGAUAAAGAAAAAGAAAAAGGCAGUGAUAAGGUAAAAAACAGUGAUAAAGAAAAAAAUGAUAAUAAAAAAAAAGUCAAUAAAGAUAACAUGGAAGAAGAGGAUGAUAUGGAAGAAGAUGAAGAAGAUGAAGAAGACGAAGAUAAUUUAAAAGCUAAUUCAAAAAAAAAAGAAAAGAAAAAGGAUGAUGAAACAAAAGGAAAUAAAAAAAAGACCAAAGGGAAUGAUGAUGAAGAGGAGAAUAUGGACGAAGAUGAUGAAGACGAGAAUGAAGAUGAAGAGGAGGAGGAGGAUGAAGAAGUAAAGAAAAAACCAAAGAAAAAAGAAAAUGACAAGAAGGAAAAAGAAAAUGAAAAAAAUCAUAAUGAUUAUAAAAAAGAAAUAAAAGCUCAUAAUGAACUUCACGAAGAUAAUGAUGGGGAUUACCAUGAAGUACCCCUUAAAGACGGCAACAAAAAAGAUAAUGUAAAUCAUAGCCAAGAAAUUACCAAUGAUAAUCAUAAUAAAAAUCAUGAAGCAGGUGACAAAAAAAAUCAAAAAAAAGAUAAUAAAGAAGGUAAUACUCAUGAUGCUCAUAGUUCCCUUGAAGAAAAGCAUAUCAUACCAAAUAUAAAUAAUAACGACCAAAAAAAUUCAGUUGCUCCCAAUAUACCUAAUGUAACACAAAAUAUAAUUCCACCCUUAUAUAGCAAUAUACCGAAAAGAGAGGGAAUAAUCGUUCCUCACGAAAAUACAAAAACAAAUGAUGAUAUAUUAAUCCCUAAUGAUGUUAAAGAGGAAUUCAUGAAAUUGUUGAGAAAGGUUGUCUAUAUUAAUAGUAAAGGUAAUUUACAUAAAGAAGAAAAUUUUCAUUUUGAUGGAGCUCAUACAAAAAACCCUCGUGGAAAUCCUGAACAGCAGAAUAAUUUACAUUCUGAGAAUGGGGUGCACAAGAAUUCAUAUUUUUUUAGUAGAGUACUUGAUCAUUUUAAAAAAUACAUAAUAUACUACAUAUUAUGUUUUAUCGUUUUUUCUGCUUUUGCAUUGGUUAUGCAAUGUUCAGAUUAG